CCGGGGUCGAAGCGGCAAAGCAGGCAGGUCGUAUGAACGAGUCAUAGGCUAACCUCUUCAGUGCUUUUGCGGCAAUUCUGUGAAACAAUCGGCGGCACUCAGCGCGUCCGAGUGCAACUCGCCUUGCGCUGGAGACUCGACCGAAGUCUGCGGGGCGAACUGGAGGAUCAACGUCUAUGCUCUUGGCCAGGCGACGAGUGUGGGCAGUAGUAUGGUCAUCUCUAGGUCCAUCUUUUCGACAAGCAGCUCAACGACCUCGUCUGCUGUUCACUCCUCUGCAGGCUCGUCCAGAUCGGUCAUGGUGUCAAUCAGCUCGACCAGUUCGAAAGCGGUGUCCUCCUCGUCAACCAUCUCGCGCUCAAGCUCGACAAGCUCGACAAGCUCGACAAGCUCAACAAUAUCGUCAUCUGUCGCCUCAAGUACGAGCUCCAACAUUGCUCCGCCCAUCUGGAGCGGAUCGUAUCAUGCCUUGCCUCGCGUUACUAGCUCUCCCCAGAUUCAAGCAGGAUCCUACCAACGACUCACGUCUCUCGUCCCUCAGGUUCUCCAGAAUGCCAUUUCCAUAUCGACACAUUCUUGGGAGCUCGGCAUUCUCGCCAACUCCCUCACUGAAGUCUUUUAUCCUCGCCUUGCACCCUUCAGCUACGACUAUUCCGCCCCGGGUUCGAGCUCCGCCAUACCCUGGUCUGUUCUCGAUGUCAUGACGCAAACUUUGAGUGGGUACAGCUGGUCCGGCGCUCCUUCUACUCGGGGCGCUCCAGCAACUCCCUUGUCGAUGUACUUGUCCUCAAGCACGUCACCUGUGGGUAUGACCAACAGCCCCUUGGUCGAUGGACAAGGGGCACUGGGAGACCCUUGUUCGCUUGGCGCUGGUACUUGGAUCAUGGCCGAGUUCUUUGGUGCUUCAGACGUGCGAAACGUCUACGGUUCCAGGCCAGGCCAGGACUUUGCGUGGGCAGUGGGAAAUCAAUAUCAACAUCUCGAAGCUGGUGUCAGGAAUUCCCAAGGCACACUGUCACAGCGAGAAGGUUACUUUGAGCUGUGGGCAGAUAUGGGAUACAUGAUCCCUCCUUUCUUGGCCUACAUUGGCAUGGCGACGAACAGUCAGUCUAUGCUGAACGACGCCUUGUCCCAAUGGGCUCUGGAGUGUAAUGCCAUGUUGAACACGAGCACGGGAUUGUUCGACCACGUUCCGACCUGGGAUAAUCGUCCUUGGGCCACCGGCAAUGGAUGGAUGCUGAUGGGCUUUAUGCGAGUCGUGGCGAGUAUAAACUCGGCGGGGCAAAGCGGUCAAUUUGCACAGACGAUCUCAAACUACGUCGGGUCGGUGACUUGGGUGUUUUACAACCUUUUCGGGAACAUGGGGUCCGACAACCUCAUCCCAAACUACAUGAAAGGGAGUGGUGACGGGACUGGCGACGCCUCGGGAUCCGCCAUGGUGGCAGCAGCGUACUACCGAUUUAGGGUGCUAGAGCCUCAAAAGAUUGCGCCAUGGCUGGACAGUCGCGCGAGCGAUCUCUUCGAUGCUGUUGUCAAUCAGGUAGAUUCGAGCGGAUGGCUGCAUCAUGUGGUCAAUCCAGAGUACCCUUGGACCGUUUACGCUGGUCAAUCUCCCGAAGGGCAGAGUGCUCUAGGUCUGAUGUGGGCUGCUAGGACUGCAGCGGGGGUCUAGCCCGAGUGGAGCGAGAAUGAUCCGAAUAUAGCGAGCGGAGCGUGAUCUAGCUAGCCCCGGUCUGGGACAUUAGAACGUCUUUGGGCUUAUAUGUUUUUUAAUCAUGUUGAUGCAAAUGUGUCCUGUAGCAGGC